AUGAUUACCAAUUCAAAUUAAUAAAGGAGAUAUUCAAAAUACUUUAGUUCAUUUUUAAUUUUGAAUCUACGAUUAGAAAUACUAAUAUUUAGUAAACUACUAGUAAUUCUAAGUAAUAUUCCAAAAAAGGUAGGAUUUAAAUUCUUAGAAAUAUAAUUAAUGUGA